CUCCUCCUUGUCGCGACUCGUCGUGGCUCCUCUCUACUCCUCCUUGUCACCACAUACCACCACUUUUGGGUGACAACUACUUUGACUCAUCAGAAAUCACCCCCCAGCAACCCUCUCGUCCUCUCUCGACGUCGUAUCCAUCGAUUGGCUCAAGCACAGUAGCCAACUUUAUCGCGACUCCGGCCCUCAUCCGCUUCUUCCUACAGCAAUUUGACGAUUGUGCCCCGAUUGUACAGUCUCGAGCCACAACACACACCCCUUACAGCAUCCGGCCGCUAGUCUUAGAACCACACAAGUCACCAUGGGUCAAACUCUCUCGGAACCAGUGACGGAGAAGCACACCACCACUGUGCUGAGGCAGAAGCAGUUCUGGGUGGGACUGUCUGACAUGCAGGGAUGGAGAAUAAGCAUGGAGGACUCGCACACGGUCCACUUGUACCUCCCGCCUGGCGGCUCGACCCUCCCACCGUCGGCACAGGUCAUUCCUGAGCAGCCUGCUGGCUCUACAGUGUCGAAUGAUGGUGUUGAUGAGCGGGGUCCUGCACUUGCAGGUGUCUUUGACGGCCAUGGCGGCUCCACAGUCGCCAAGUUCACCGGCACGACCCUGCACACUCGCCUUGCCAACUUGGACACCUACAAAUCUGGCGAUUAUGAGGUUGCGCUGAAGCAGGCCUUCCUCAAGACCGACGAGGACCUCCGAGCUGACCCUACGUUCUUCAACGACCCCUCGGGCUGCACUGCCGUUGUCGGUCUGAUCACCCCGGACGGCCGUAUCAUUGUCGCCAACGCCGGUGAUUCUCGUGCCGUACUCGGCUACAAGGGCGAAGCAAAAGCGCUCUCCAACGACCACAAGCCCACGAACAAGGAGGAGACGGCCCGUAUCACCGCAGCUGGUGGCUUUGUCGAGUUUGGUCGUGUGAACGGAAACCUUGCGCUGUCGCGUGCCAUCGGUGACUUUGAGUUCAAGCAGAACUACACUCUUCAGCCCGAGCAGCAGAUUGUCACCGCCGACCCGGAGAUCAUUUCGCACAAUGUCGACGGCGAGGAGGAGUUUAUUGUCCUGGCAUGUGAUGGCAUCUGGGACUGCCUGUCUUCGCAGCAGGUUAUCGACUUUGUUCGCCGUGCCGUCGCCAAUGGUGACGACCUUUCCAAGAUCUGCGAGGACCUCAUGGUCAAGUGUCUGGCGACGGACUCGGAGACCGGCGGCAUUGGCUGUGACAACAUGACUGUCGUUAUUGUCGCUCUGCUUGGUGGUCGGACGCAGGAGGAGUGGCAGGCUUGGGUGAAGGAGCGCGUGGACAACAAGAUCGGUCGUGACACGCCCGAGUCGAUUCCCGACGUGUUUGGUCAGGCUCAGCCUGGUGGUGGCUUGGCUGGUGGUGCUGGCGGUUUCCGCAUUUCGGGUGCCGGAGGCAUGGGCACCAUUGCCAGCAUUCUCAGCGCCUCCGGGUUCUCGUUCCGGGCGGCUGGAGAGGACGAUGACGAGGAGCUGCACAUUGUUGACACGCUCGACGACGGACACGGAGCGACUCUGCAUAGCAUUCACGACCAGGAUGACGAUGGCGACUCGCACAUGGACUCUGGUGAAGAGUCUGAUGCGACUGCGGCUGUCGGCGACCAAGGUAAAGCCCGAACCCCCGCGUUCUCUUCCAUUGGCUCCCCCACGGUCCCGACACCAGAGUCAUUGCAGCCUGCACGAUCUUCAGCCGCUGCCGAGGAGCCGGAGUCGCACUGAGUUGGAUUGCACUUGUGUACAUAGAUACCACGACGUUUGUCCUUUUCAUCGCCACCAACAAUAGCGGUCUGUCAGAGAGAGAGAGUGAGAGUAGCGAGACGAUUCCAUUUUAUACCCUGAUGCAAGUAACUGUACGUGG